CAGCAGCCCUGCCUCGCUAACUUGACACUUGCCAGACCUGGCCAGCAUGGUUGUCCUGAAUCCAAUGACUCUGGGAAUUUAUCUUCAGCUUUUCUUCCGCUCUAUCUUGUCUCAGCCGACUUUCAUCAAUAGCGUCCUCCCGAUCUCAGCAGCGCUUCCUGGCCUGGAUCAGAAGAAGCGUGGCAGCCACAAAGCAUGCUGCCUGCUGACGCCCCCUCCACCCCCACUGUUCCCACCACCCUUCUUCAGAGGGGGCCGAAGUCCGCUUCUCUCCCCAGACAUGAAGAAUCUCCUCCUGGAACUCAAGACCACACAGUCCCCGUGCAUGCAAGGCUCACUCGGCUCCCCUGGACCCCCUGGCCCCCAGGGUCCACCCGGACUUCCUGGCAAGACAGGACCAAAGGGAGAAAAGGGGGAGCUUGGCCGACCAGGAAGGAAGGGUAGACCUGGCCCCCCAGGUGAUCCUGGCAUGCCUGGGCCUGUCGGCUGGCCAGGCCCUGAAGGACCCAGGGGUGAAAAAGGUGACUUGGGCAUGAUGGGCUUGCCAGGGUCAAGAGGACCAAUGGGCUCCAAGGGCUACCCUGGAUCCAGAGGGGAAAAGGGAUCCAGAGGUGAAAGGGGUGACUUGGGUCCCAAAGGAGAAAAGGGUUUCCCAGGAUUUCCUGGAAUGUUGGGGCAAAAAGGUGAAAUGGGUCCAAAGGGUGAACCUGGGAUAGCAGGACACCGAGGACCCACAGGAAGACCAGGGAAACGUGGCAAGCAGGGACAGAAGGGAGAUAGUGGAGUUAUGGGCCCACCUGGCAAGCCUGGGCCUUCUGGUCAACCUGGCCGUCCAGGCCCCCCGGGACCCCCAGGCCCCCCAUCUGCAGGACAUCUUGUAAUGGGACCCAAAGGGGACAGAGGAUUUCCCGGGCCUCCAGGAAGAUGUCUCUGUGGAUCCUCCAUGAAUGUGAAUAACCCUUCCUAUGGGGAAUCUGUGUAUGGACCCAGCUCCCCGCGGGUUCCUGUGAUUUUUGUGGUCAACAACCAGGAGGAACUUGAGAGGCUGAACACUCAAAAUGCCAUUGCUUUCCGCAGAGACCAGAGAUCUCUGUACUUCAAGGACAGCCUUGGUUGGCUUCCCAUCCAGCUGACCCCUUUCUACCCUGUGGAUUACACCGUAGACCAGCGUGGCACCUGUGGGGAUGGGGUCCUGCAGCCCGGGGAGGAGUGUGACGACGGGAACCAGGACGUGGGUGACGACUGCAUCAGUUGUCACCGGGCCUACUGUGGAGAUGGUCACCGGCACGAAGGUGUCGAGGACUGUGACGGCUCUGACUUCGGCCACCUGACAUGCGAGACCUAUCUCCCUGGGUCGUAUGGAGACCUGCGGUGCACCCAGUACUGUUACAUCGACUCCACACCCUGCCGCUAUUUCACAUGAGGGGCGUGAGGAACUGGCAGCAGAUUCCCCAGCCCUCACAAACUGGCCUUGUGCUCACCUGGGCCAGUGUCCACCAACCUUUGUGUGACAAAAAUAAGGAUGAUUUCUUGCUGCUAAGAUGUGCUUUUGACUCUGUCCGACUGGAAGAAUUUAGGACCACUGCAUCCUGUCUUAAUCCAAAGUUCUGGAAAACCUUCCACAUGCCCACCUCGGAAACUGUUCCCCGUCUCUACCACUGGCAUAAGAGCCAGCUAAAAUGCCCUUUUUCUUCUGGAUUGCCACUGGCCCAUGGACUUGGCUUAGCACUGUUAGACACAUGUAAACCUGCAGGGCUGCUUUAGUUUGUGGGGAUCUCAUUUGGGAAAUUCAGUGUGUAGGCUUCUCAGUCCCUUGGACCUCCAGACAUGCAGGUGUUCUUACCUGGGCAGCCAGCUGUCAGGUCUCUCAAAGGCCUGAGAACCACACAGCAGAGAAGUGGACAUGUUCUCUCCAUGUGGCUCACAGCUUUGGACUCCACGAGGAACUCGUCAUUUGGUCAGAGCCCAACCUGGCUUCAUGUGGAAAUGGCUCCCCCAGGAAGAGACCCAACUGUGAAAAAGUACUGACGAUGCCACAAGACCCAUGCUCACCCUUUCACUGCCCACUCAGGAAAUGACCCCUGAGCAGAGAGGGUGGAGGCUCAGCUGGAUUGCUUGCCAUGAGAACAACAGCAGAGGAGUGGCCUUUCUCUUCUUGAUGUCUCCCACAGCAAGAUUCUUAGAGUUUCAAAACCCCUGCCGCCAUCUUGACCUUAUGGCUCUCUCUGUACUUUGACCUCCGUCUGGCAAGUAGUGCCUCUCACUUCCAUUUCCUGUUCAGAAGACUCACUCCAUAAGUCCAUACACCUGGGCAGAUGUUGGUAUUUCCUUGUCCUUAGGUACAUAUAACCCUGGCCAUCCCCAUCUAGGGUCCCACUGCAAGUACACUCUUGGCACUAUUUCUGUCUUGAGCGUCAUCUCCUCACUUCCUGCUGACUCCUGGGGCUCCCUGUGACCCCUUAUUUGUGACUGCAUUGUGCACAUCCUUGCCCUCCUGUCUGUGUGCCUUCACUUUUCACUUUUCUAUUGAAGCGUUAGUCCUGCCUGUGAGCUGCUUCUCAUCGCUGUUUCCUGAGCAGGGCUUCGCUUUAUCAUGGAAAGACACCUCUGGGAUCGCCCUUCUUAUUACCAGAAGGAGUGGCCCUCCCUCACCCUGAGCUUUUGUGCAAAGCUGUUCAAUGAUCCUGAGUCUUGAGGACUCAGCAAGCAGGAGCUUUGGCCCUGGGUGGUCAUCUGGAUGGUCUGUGGGUGACCCUGACCCCAGAAGUGACAUCAUCCUAAGGGUGGUGUCUUCCAAGGCAGGAGCAUUGGUCAGCUAGUUCCCUGGGUCUCUGGGACAAGUCCUGGGGGCAGGGGAGGGGGAUGUUGCGUCCAUCGCCAUCCUGGAACUUCUGAAUAAAGAAAU